AUGCACCCGGCGGGGGUCUGCGCCGCCUCCCUGGGCUCCCUGGGGCUGCUGCGGUUCCUCGGCGCUCCCUGGUCCUGGAGCCUGGCCGCGACGCUGGGCGUCUGCCUGGGCAGCGGGGGAUGGCGGCUGCUGCGGCUGGUCUUCAGGACGGCUCCGCGGGACCUCUUCGGCCUCUCAGUGCUGUUACAAGUCAAGUACAAGUUGCGAAGGCAUCAAAAAGCCAAAAGCACCAUCCCCAAGAUAUUCCAGGAUGUUGUCCGCAGGCACCCCGACAAAGUGGCCCUGAUUUAUGAAGCCACUGGUGAGCAGUGGACCUUCAGGCGGCUGGAUGAGUACUCCAACGCCGUGGCUAACUACUUCUACCAGCAAGGUUUCCGGCUGGGGGACGUCAUUGCCAUCUUCAUGGAGAGCCGCCCCGAGUUUGUUGGCCUCUGGCUAGGGAUGGCCAAAAUCGGCAUCGAGGCGGCUCUAAUCAACUUCAAUUUGCGCUUGGAUUCUCUGGUUUACUGCGUGAUGACUUCGGGUGCGAAGGCCGUGAUCUUCGGAGGGGAGCUGUCUUCAGCAAUAUCUGAAGUGAACGGGAUGUUGGGGAAGAACAUGGCAAAAUUCUGCACCGGUGACUAUAACCCGGAUGUCGUUCCUGCGGAGACCAGACAUCUUGAUCCUCUUCUGAGUACCGCAUCGAAAUCGCCCCCGACUCAGAUUCCAGUCAAAGGUUUAGAUGAUCGGCUCUUCUAUAUCUACACUUCGGGAACAACAGGAAUGCCCAAAGCUGCCAUUGUGGUGCACAGCAGGUAUUACCGUAUCGCUGCCUUUGGUUACUACGCCUACAAAAUGCACCCGGAGGACAUCCUCUACAACUGCCUCCCCCUCUAUCAUUCUGCAGGUAACAUCAUGGGAGUCGGGCAGUGUCUAAUCCACGGCCUCACCGUGGUGAUCAGGAAGAAGUUCUCGGCCAGUCGCUUCUGGGACGACUGCACGAAAUACAGAUGCACGAUUAUUCAGUAUAUCGGGGAAAUCUGCAGGUAUCUUCUGAAUCAGCCGGUCCGAGAGUCAGAAACCCAACACUGCGUGCGGCUGGCGGUGGGCAAUGGUUUGAGACCCACCAUAUGGGAGGACUUCACAAAGCGCUUCCGAAUUAAGCAGAUCGGAGAGUUCUACGGAGCCACGGAGUGCAACUGCAGCAUUGCCAACUUGGACGGAAAGGUCGGUGCCUGUGGUUUCAACAGUCGGAUUUUGCCCAGUGUUUAUCCCAUUCGGUUGGUGAAGGUAAACGAGGACACGAUGGAGCUGAUCCGGGAUUCCAGUGGGCUGUGUAUCCCCUGUCGCCCAGGAGAGCCGGGAUUGCUCGUCGGUCAGAUAAAUCAACAGGAUCCCCUGCGUCGCUUCGACGGCUACGUCAGCGAGAGCGCCACUAACAAGAAGAUCGCUUACAACGUGCUUCGGAAAGGGGACCAGGCGUACCUUUCAGGAGACGUGUUGGUGAUGGACGAACUCGGCUACAUGUACUUCAAAGAUCGCAGCGGGGACACCUUCCGAUGGCGAGGAGAGAACGUCUCUACCACGGAGGUGGAAGGAACGUUGAGUCACAUCCUCAACCAGACGGAUGUUGCAGUGUAUGGAGUGGAAGUACCAGGGGUGGAGGGCAAAGCCGGGAUGGCGGCGAUCGCAGAUCCCAAAGCGAAAGUCGACCCCAACGUCCUGUACCAGGAGCUGCAGAAGGUGCUGCCUCCCUACGCCCGGCCCGUCUUUCUCCGCCUCCUACCCCAGGUUGACACCACAGGUACAUUUAAGAUUCAGAAAACCCGCUUACAGAGGGAAGGAUUCGAUACAACCUCAGAUCGGUUGUACUUUUUGGAUCUAAAGUUGGGAAAAUACGUUCCUCUGGAUGAAUGCCUUUAUGAAAGGAUUUGUUCUGGGAAAGCCGCUUUAUGAUCUAGUCGGAUUCAGCCUUUUCGAGGAAAACGAUGACUAGUCGGAGGGACGUGACGCUGGCGGGAAGCCACGGGUUCCUGCCAGGUCCUCGCUCAGUGAAUCGCCAGCAGGGAAGCGCCUGGCGCGGCGGCUCCCUGCCCUGAAGCACAUUAACCCGUCGCCCGCUCCCUCCCUGAGCGCUGACAUCCCAUUAACCUGCCCUUACGCCUCUAGACAGAGAGUAUUUUUGUAACCACUACCCGCUUAGGGAGGAGUUCGAUGGCCAUAUUUAUUUACGGAGCUACCUGUGCCCUGUGGGGGAGCUUCUUUCUGCUCCCUCUCCGAACUUAACUGAUUUAGAUGAUUUUUAACCUCACUUGCGUUAAUUCACGUUUUAACUACCCCGGGCCGUGCCCUUAGGGCUGGGGAUGU